AUGAAACUAACUAUAGUGGAGUAUGAUUCAGUAGUAGGUAAAACUGAUGAUCUUAUUCUAGAUGACACUCACUACUACCGGUAUCUAAUUGGGAAGUUGAUCUAUUUGAUAAUCAGUAGGCCUAAUAUAUGUUUUGCUGUUCAAGUUCUUAGUCAAUUCAUGCAAAGGCCAAAAAAAUCACACUGGGAUGCAGCUUUAAGUAUACUAAGAUAUUUGAAGAAAUCACCAGGACAAGGAGUAUUACUGAAGAGAGGUUCAAUCAAUAAUUUGAUAGUUUUUUGUGACUCAGAUUGGGCAGCUUGCCCCAAUACCAGAAGAUCAAUAACAUGUUAUGUGAUACAGCUUGGUGAAUCACUGAUUUCAUGGAAAUCCAAGAAGCAGCACAAAGUGAAUAUGAGUUCAAUAGAGACUGAAUAUAGAAGCAUGGCAAGAGCAGUAGCAGAGAUUAUUUGGUGGGUAGGACUGCUUAAAGAACUCAGAAUGGACAUCACAACACCAGUUAGGCUGUGCUAUGACACCAAGUCAGCCAUACAAAUUACCUCCAAUCCAAUUUUUCAUAAGAGAACCAAGCAUAUAGAGAUCGACUGCCAUUUUGUGAGGGAAAAGCUCAAGGAUGGCUUGAUCAAGACAGAAUAUGUUGGAACUAAAUCUUAG